AUUUAGGUAUAGGGAGGAUUCGUGAUGCAAUUUUUCUAGUGUAUAUAUAUAGCUCGAAUUCGUAUAGUAACAUAAUUAGUCUGUAAUAUUACCACGUGAAAAAACAAGAUAAAGAAAUAACGCUUAACAUAUUUUCAUAUGAAUAUACACUUUUGGGAAAUUAAUUUAAAACAUUGACACCAUGUCUUAUCGAACCUAGACAUUUUCAAAUCGGGUUGCGGCUCAAUAAAUAAAAUAAACCACCACAAUAUUAUGACAUAGCUCAAUCUCCGGUACAGCUGGACAGACAGUGGAUCGUCACAUCGCCCCAAAACUUUCGGUUUAGUUACAUACUUUAUAUAAAAGCAUCGGUAAUAAAAUUUCGUUCUUUAGUUCGCUACCUGUGCGCAAUAUCAGUGCAAUGAUUCAUGAUGCACGCAUAGCUGUUACCGCAACAAAUACGCGCCCGAUACGAAAUCGUGACAGCCGAAGCGCUAAACCGCGAUCGCGAUCGUGUUCCUGAGUCCGGAAAGCAUAGAGCAGCCAAACGUAAACAUCACCAGGAGGGAGGCAGGAGAAAUCAAAAGCGAACUGAAGAAAACUCCAACGGUACAUAUCUUCAACGGGGGGCUGAGUUUGCUUCCCGUCCGGACGAAGCUGAGUCAGUUCAUUCCUACCUUUCCGCCGACAAGUAACAACGAAUAAGUGCGGGCGCGUUGUGUGUGAUUUGUGAUUAUUCGAGGCAGUUUUUUGGUGUCGUGCAAAAUAAAACACCACAACUAUUCACCAUUGGUUGCUGAAAAUUUAGUGCUAGACAAACAAGCACAAUAAGAAAAUAUCACCGUCACGAUUGAAAGGAAAGAGUGUUGACCCAUUUUUAAGGCAUCGCGCAAGCUUAAUACGCGAAAAAAUCUGGUUAAAGUGAAGCUAGAAGUGAUCAAAAGGAGGUACAAGAAAGCACAAAUAGGCCAGUGGGUGCGUUUUAGACGCUUAAGGUUUGCUGUAAAACUUUGAGUGGACCUAAUUCUGGUGUUUCCGUUUAUCUUCAUCAUUGGGUGCUAAUAGACCGAAAACUCAGACCGGUCAACACGUGCGUUCAGCUGCAUCAACGACGGACAGCGAAGUUCUCUUUCUCCUUCUACAUGAUGCACUGUAGGGAGCGGCUCGUUCACGAUCGAAACCAAUACCAACGAAACACCCACAUACAGUGAGAGGACGAUAAGCUUUCCGACUGAAGCAUUUCACCCAUUCACACUCCACCCGAAGCUGUAGUUGUUUCAUGUGUAGAUUUGAUAACGUCCUACAAACUUCAGCAUGAGUGAACUGGUAGGAGCCGCCUUCGGGUCAGUAGCAACGGCGGCUACAAGCGUAGGAUGGUUUGUGCCUAUGCUAGUGGCUGCUAUUGCCUACUUUCAGUAUGAAGAAUUUAUGGACCCAGAGGCGAGGGUGAUAGACGUGCCUACGGAUGCGAUGUUGGAUAAAUAUGAUUUCAUUAUAAUAGGCGCCGGUUCAGCUGGAGCGGUACUAGCGAACCGGCUUACAGAAGUUGAAAAUUGGAAUGUUUUAGUGUUAGAAGCCGGUGGAGAUGAGACUGAGAUUUCUGAAGUGCCGCUGAUGGCUGGAUAUUUGCAGCUUAGCAAAUUAGAUUGGAAAUAUAAAACAGAGCCGUCAGGAAAAUACUGUUUAGCUAUGAUCGGAGGACGUUGUAAUUGGCCUCGUGGAAAAGUGUUGGGUGGCUCGAGCGUUUUGAACUACAUGCUUUAUCUGAGAGGCAACAAAAAGGAUUACGAAAAUUGGGAAGCAUUAGGCAAUACUGGUUGGAGUUAUAAGGAUGCUUUGUAUUAUUUUAAGAAAUCAGAGGAUAAUACCAAUCCAUACCUGGCCAAUACUCCAUACCACUCAACAGGAGGAUAUUUGACCGUCGGCGAAGCACCUUAUCACACACCGUUAGCAGCUGCUUUUGUGGAAGCAGGUGUUGAAAUGGGAUACGAUAACAGAGAUUUGAAUGGUGCCAAAGCAGCCGGAUUUAUGAUAGCCCAAGGAACGAUACGAAGAGGUGGAAGAUGCAGUACUGGAAAAGCAUUUUUGAGACCGGCGCGACUGCGACCUAACUUGCAUGUAGCCAUGUAUUCACAUGUAACUCGUAUUAUGAUUGAUCCAGUAACAAAAGUAGCUUUCGGAGUCGAGUUUAUCAGAGAUAGAAAGAUUCAUCAUGUCAGAGCGACGAAAGAAGUUAUACUUUCCGCGGGAGCGAUCAAUUCUCCACAAAUUCUAAUGCUCUCAGGUGUAGGACCGAAAAGUGAGCUAGCAAAACAUAGAAUACCGCUGAUUAACGAUUUAUCUGUUGGCGAAAAUCUGCAAGAUCACGUAGCAUUGGGUGGUCUUACAUUUAUGGUUAACCAGCCAGUUUCAAUUGUAGAAAAUAGAUUCCAUUCGAUGUCAACUGUAUUACAGUACGCAGUCUUGGGACAAGGACCGCUCACCAUCCUGGGAGGUGUUGAAGGAUUGGCGUUUGUUAAUACAAAGUACGUGAAUGCGUCAGAUGAUUUUCCGGACAUUGAGUUUCAUUUUGUUUCGGGAUCAACAAAUUCCGAUGGAGGAAAUCAGUUGCGCAAAGCUCAUGGUUUGACUGACACUUUCUAUAACGCAGUUUACGCACCUAUCAACAAUAUGGAUUCUUGGAGUAUCAUACCGAUGUUGCUUCGUCCCAAAAGCGCGGGUCAGAUCAAACUCCGUAGCGGGAACCCAUUGGAUUAUCCAUAUAUCUAUCCAAAUUAUUUCGAUGACGAACUCGACAUGAAAACUCUUAUAGAAGGUGCGAAAAUAGCGUACGCUGUGUCCAGAACACAGACAAUGCAAAAGUAUCAAUCAACACUUAGCGCCUACAAAUUUCCCGGUUGUUCACACAUAAAGAUGUUCACCGAUCUCUACUGGGAGUGCAUGAUACGUCACUAUACGAGUACUAUUUAUCAUCCUGUAGGCACCUGUAAGAUGGGGCCAUACUGGGAUAAAACAGCGGUUGUGGAUCCACAGCUGCGUGUGUACGGCGUACGAGGGCUCCGAGUUAUCGACGCGAGCAUCAUGCCAAAUAUAGUUAGUGCCAACACCAAUGCGCCGGUUAUUAUGGUAGCCGAAAAAGGAGCAGACCUUAUAAAGGAUUUCUGGAUCAAGAGAAGUGUUGUUAAAUAAGUGCUAAGCGAAAAUGUUAUACCUGUAAAUACUGUGGAGGUAGAAAAUAUUUAUUUAUUAUCUUUUUAAACUUGACGAGUGCAGUUAAAAUGUGUCAUGAAUUAUCUAUAAGCGAUAAAAAUUAUUGCAUAAAGUGUGCAUGAAAUAAAGAUAUAAUUGUGAUUUACGGAUUGAACACAGGUGAAAUAAAUCGUUCAGUUAUUAAUUACCCCUAUCUUAUAAGUAGAGCGUUACAAUGGCUGAGAUAUCGAAUAACAAUUUGUUAGAAUUAGUACGUUUAUUCACAGCAUCCAUUCAAAAUUAAGGAGUCUACAAGCACCAAAAGUUUUAAAGGAUAAAGUUUGUUUAAAAACGCUCGAAAAAAGAAAUUGGAUUUUUAAUGUAAAUAAACUUUGUACCAAAGUUAUACUUUAACUUGUCAGUUGUAUUUAAAAUUAUACGUGCUACACGGUGCUAAAUUCGGUUGCUUCAACAGGUCUGGCAAAUGAGCAGCUUUGAUUAAAUCUGCCCCUUUUUCUCCGAUCAUUAUUACCGCUGCAUUUGUGUUCCCGGUAACAAUUGUGGGCAUAAUUCCGGCGUCAACUACUCGUAAUCCACCAAUCCCAUGCACUCUAAGCUGAUCGUCAACCACAGCCAUCGGAUCGCUUUUGGGGCCCAUCAUGGUUGUUCCGACGGGGUGAUAAAUGGUUUGAGAAAAAUGACGCACGAGACAUUCGUAGAAAUCAUCGCCCGUUCUGCCGCUGCAUGUUGCGUGUGAUUCCGUUUUAUAUAUUAGGGUAGCAUUCAACGCUUGCAACGCAGGAGUAUGCGCCAACCGAAGACAAUAUUUAAGACCUUCAAUCUAAAAAUCUACAUUGUUUAAAUUAUGUUUAUAAACCACAAACAAUUAUCAUAUUUACCAGAAUAUCUAUAUCACGACGUACUGCAAAGUAAUUUGGAUAAAUCUUAAUCUUAUCGUAUGGAUUUUUGCUUCUUAACUCUAGAUGUCCACGGCUCUGUGGUCUCAUCAGAAGCGGCAUGAUGAGAAACGAAUCGUGAAAAACCCACCGCUCGAAGUUC